CCAAGUCACCCCCUUCACACCGGGGACCUUCCCACUGGGGGCUCGCUGCACUUUCACUUCCCCCAGGUGCCCAGCCCCUGCCCCAGCUCAGGAGCACCUUGGUCUUCAAACUGGUUGCCAAGAGCACAUCGCAGACUCGGAGAGAAGGGCCAUGACCAGUGAUGGGAAGGAGAAGAUGUCGGCCCAGGCCAGCUGCCUCAGCUUCAUCAAGUACCUCCUGUUCGUUUUCAACCUCUUCUUCUUCGUCCUAGGCAGCCUUAUUUUCUGCUUCGGCAUCUGGAUACUCAUUGAUAAGACCAGCUUCGUGUCCUUUGUGGGCUUGUCCUUCGUGCCCUUGCAGAUAUGGUCCAAGGCCCUGGCCAUCUCAGGAAUCCUCACCAUGGGCCUUGCCCUCUUGGGCUGUGUGGGGGCCCUGAAGGAGUUCCGCUGCCUGCUGGGCCUGUAUUUUGGGGCACUGCUGCUCCUGUUUGCCACGCAGAUCACCCUGGGAAUCCUCAUCUCCACACAGCGAGUCCAGCUGGUGCGGAAAGUGAAGGACAUCGUGCUGAAGACCAUCCAAAACUACCGCGUCCACCCGGAGGAGACAGCGGCCGAGGAGAGUUGGGACUACGUACAGUUUCAGCUGCGCUGCUGCGGCUGGAACUCUCCUCGGGAUUGGUUCCGUAUCCCCACCCUGAGGAGCAACGAGUCGGACGUGCACCUCGUGCCCUGCUCCUGCUAUAACUCAUCCGCGACCAACGACUCUGCAAUCUCCGAUACGUUCUACUUGUCCCAGUUCAGCCGGCCCAGACUACAGGCGCAGUCCCGACACAAUGCAGACAUUUGCGUGGUCCCUGCAAACAGCCACAUCUACAGAGAGGGCUGCGAGGGGAGCCUCAACAACUGGUUGCACAACAACCUCAUCUCCAUAGUGGGCAUUUGUCUCGGCGUCGGUCUACUCGAGGUGAGUGUGGCGGGGCUGAGCUUUCUAGUACCUCGCAGCAUGUUCCACCGGGAACCCCAACCGCAGGUCCCUUGUGCCUACUGUUCGAACCCCAGGCCCGGCCCAAACACUGAUGGCUGCUGCGGGCGCUGCGGUGUGCUGAGCAGCAGCGGGCGUAGCUGCAGCCUGUGGGGUGGCUGGGGCCUGGCGGGUGCCUGCCCCAACUGGGGAGACAGGGCCCCGCAGGGCAAGCUGCCCAUGACUCUGGGGCCCUGGCCGCUUUGGGAUCAAGACGAGGAACAUCUUGAGACCGGGAGUGCAGGCGCGGAGGUGGUAGCCGAGGUGGAAUUUGCGGCCGAGAUGGAGAGGGAGAUAGAUGAGCCUCCGGAAUAAAAGACCCUGGGCGUGCUCCAGA